AUGGCGCCGAAUAAGCUCAGCCUCAACCUCCAGCCGCCCGCACCGUUUGACUUUGUGAACCCGGGAACCUGGCCAGCAUGGCUCCGCCGCUACGAGGACUACGCCGUCGUUUCCGGCCUGACUCAAGCAUCCGGCGACAUGCAGGUACGCUCGUUGUUGUACUGCAUGGGGCCGGAGGCCCGCCCACUUCUGGAGACGUUCUCGCUCGACACCGCAUCACUCGCCUCAUUUCAAGCGGUUGCCGCUAGCUUCACCGACCACUUCGUGCAUCCUGCGAAUGAACUGUACGAGUCGUCGCGUUUUCACCAGCGUGUUCAGUUACCCGACGAGAGCGUCGACGCCUACUACGCCGAACUGUGUAGAAUGGUGAAGCGGUGCAACUAUCCGUCAGCUGAGGUGGAGCAAAGGCUUGUACGCGAUAGAUUCGUCGUCGGCCUCCGCGACUCGCGCCUUUCGGACCAGCUUUGCCGGAACGCGAAAUUGACGCUCAAAGAAGCAUGGAUGCAGGCCCGUCAAUCAGAAGACGCCGAAAAAGAAAAAACGUUGCCUCAAAACUGCGCAGAGCACUCCCGCAAGCUACACCUCGACGCCGUACGCGAUAAGAAGUUCGCCUCUCGCCGCCGCAACUACGAUAAGUGGCCUUCGCCCCCGCGGAAAGCAGAGCGCUCCUGCCAGCCGUCAACAUGUGAAUUCUGCGGCCGCGCGCCACAUCCACGUUCAAACUGCCCUGCUCGAAACUCCGUCUGCAACUUCUGCGAAAAGAAAGGACACUUUGCGGAAGUGUGCCGCGCGCGGCAGGCAAAACAGAAGCUCGGCUCCAUUCAGCUACACGCUGUCGGGACGCCCGCCGCGGCAAAGUUCGUCGACAUCACCGUUGACAACUACACAGCGCAGUUCAAGGUCAAUUCCGGAGCCGAGGUGUCCGCCGUUCCGAGCGACUUCCCUGCAUUGCUGGCCAAGCUCGACCCCGUCAACAACCUGCUCACCGGACCUGGCGGUCAGCCGCUGCGCGUGCUGGGUUCGUACUUGGCGAGACUUCGGUGGCACGGGAAAAUGAGCUCUCAGCGCUUGUACGUGAUCCAUUCUCUCACCGUACCUCUUCUUGGACUGCCGGCGCUUCAAGCUGUGGAAGUUGUAAAGUUUCUCAAUGAACUUCAGACUCCGAAAGCAACAUUGCGUGCUGAGCUCUUCCAGGGAUUGGGCACCCUCAAGGACGAGUACCCUAUCCUUCUGAGACCCAACGCUAUACCCUUCUCCCUAAUACGGAAAGCCGAUGGUUCCUACCGGCUGUGCGUCGACUUGACUCAGCUGAACAAGGUUGUCCUUCGGGAACGCCACAUCCUACCAACGGUAGAGCAAGUCCUUGGCCUCCUUGGCGACGCAACAGUUUUCUCCAAGCUGGAUGCAACAGCCAGUUUUCAUCAGGUUAAACUAUCCUCAGACUCCCAAGAUCUCACAACGUUCAUCACCCCAUUUGGCCGAUACUGCUUCUGCCGGCUCCCCUUUGGCAUCGCCUCCGCGCCGCAGUACUUCCAAAAACUGAUGGCCAGGAUCCUGGAGGGCCAGGAAGGAGUCGCCAAUAUGAUAGACGACAUUCUGGUCUUUGGGCGCACCCGCGAGGAGCACGAUGCCAGACUGAACCCGGUGCUGUCUCGCCUUGCAAAAGCAGGCCUCACGUUGAACCAAGACAAGUGUCGUUUUGGCGUCUCCGAAGUCUCCUUCCUAGGAGUCAUCGUUUCAGCACAAGGCAUCAGGCCAAGUCCAGACAAGGUCGAAGCAAUCAAAGCCAUGGAGGCUCCAACCGACAUCGCAGGUGUCCGGCGACUGCUCGGAAUGGUGAACCAUCUUGCCCGGUUUUUGCCUUGCAUCUCAGAGGUCACAGCUCCCAUCAAAGCACUUCUAAACAAGUCUGCGACUUGGGUGUGGCAGCAUGAACAAAAUGCUGCAUUCGAGAAAAUCAAGGAACUCCUGACAUCAGGCCAUUGCAUGGCCAAGUACCAUCCAUCAUACUCCACCACAGUUUCGCCUGACGCAAGCUCAUUCGGACUGGGCGCAGUCUUGCUGCAGACACAGCCCUCUGGAGAGCGCCGCCCAGUUGCUUUUGCUUCGAGAUCAAUGACCGAGACAGAGCAGCGUUACAGCCAGACAGAAAAGGAAGCGUUGGCAACAACAUGGGCUAUCCGACGGUUUGACGAAUUCGUCCGCGGCAUCACCUUCGAUGUGGACACAGAUCACCUACCACUCGUUUCUCUCUUCGGCAAGAUGGAGCUGGACAUGCUGCCGCCUCGCAUAUAG